AUGGGCAACACAAUAGAUCCUGUGGAUUCCGAUGAUGUCGGGAAUCGAGGAAGCGGCUUCACAGAGAGCAUGAACAGCUCCUCUCUGAAUUCCCAUGGACCUUCUUCUUCCAUGCAUCAAGAUAUCCACCAACAAGUAACCACCGUCUUGACCAAUGGCGAUUCAAUUGAGAUGGAGGACGAAGCAGAGGGCAACACAAGCAGCCCCAUGGAAAACCCGUCUCCUGAUUUUUCGUCGUUCGAGAACAUUGAUGGUUCCACGGGCUCCUCGGCAUCCGCAACGGCUCGAUACAAUUGGCGCCGCUAUGUCCCAUCGUCUGGUACGGGUGGAGGGUGCCUACGGUUUUUCCGAUGGCUCGUGGUGGGUGGAUCCAAAUUCGCCGAACCGCAGUCGGACGAAGAAUUAAACGACAAUCUGCAAAAGCUGCCGCGGUGUCUCUUGCUGCUUCGGAAAUACGAUCGAAUCUAUGGCAUGCCAACCCGUGGCGAUGCCAAAGAUCAAGCGUUUGUACUGCGAGAGAUUUGCAGAGACCUGUACGGUGGUGGAGCUCCACUGUGGGCUCUGGAAAGCGUUCUGCAACGAGCCGCUCUGGGUUUGACGGGUCAACCAGAUGUCAACCGGUUCAUGCUCCCUCGAAAGGCGUACCUUUACAAUCCUGGAUCCGACACUACUGCCAUGUUUUCGAUCGAACGGGGCUUUAAUAUGCAAAAAAUGGAUGCCAUGGAAAAGGUGGCCAUUCGAUUGUGUACCUUUGCCAGCAACAUUCAUGCUGUCAGUGGGAUCCCAGCUCGCAUGCCCAAAACCAUGGAAUUCUCCACCGCGGCUCACCGAGAGAGUGUCAAGCUGAGAGAAAGCGGAAUUCCGUUUGCUUCGGGUGACUUUGAAGGUGAGACAGAGGACGACAACCAAAACAAUCAACAUCACACAAACUGGAGCCACGGCACCAACAAAGAGGAAGACUAUCAGGCAGCACUAGCUCACAGCAUUUUAAACUUGGCUAGUGGUGGAAGAGGGCUCUUCUCCUAUGUCCACUCGCCGGAAUCCAUGGCAAAGAUUGAUCAGAUUGAUGCCGAUGCCAACCGUUUGCAGCAAAACACAAGACCAUGGUUGAUCGUUGCCUGCAAAGCAGUGGCAUCCGCAGGAACCUGUGCGUUUUGGUUUGGUGGGAGUUGGUACGAUAUGAUUGUGGCUGGAAUCCUUGCCAUUGUCGUUUCUGCCAUUGGAACCUCCUCGGUUAUUUCCAAACAAGAGCGCAUCGUCUACGAAACUGUCGCCGGCGCAUUAGUGGGUCUGGCAGCAGGAGUCAUUGCCUUGAUGUUUCCUCACGACACGUGCUGCGCAGCCAUGGUGAUUGCUGCAGUUUUGGAUCUAUUGCAAGGUUUCCGCGUUGUCUACAGCAUUAUCGAAAUCAUGAGCAAGCAUACUGUAUCGGGCGGGGCAGAUCUGUUAGAAGGGCUACUCUUUACAACCCUGAUUUCAUUCUCUCUUCGAUGUGGGUUGUCCAAAGGUGGAGCCAGCAGCGAACUGAACAGUUUUGUGUCCGCAGCCGCCGUAGCCUUCAGUGCGGGCAUACUAUCACGUUUCACCGGGCGCCAGGCUGUGGGAAACACAUCAUCUGGCAUGUAUGUGCUCGUUCCUGGUGCAGACAUGGUGUCAUCCAUGUUUGUGACUGGGUCAUUUACUUCAGCAUUCUUUACAAGCAUCAUCUCACAAGCAAUUGCUAUCGGCAUCGGUGGCUGGACUGGGACCAUCUUAUGCAGCCCCACUGUUUUGGGGACUACACGUGGUCUUCUUUGGCAACACAAAGGGCUAAAGCUUGAGCUGCAAAUAGGUGGUUCAAGUCGACGAAGCAAAGACUCGAGGGAUCGUCGACGCCAAAGUCCUGUUAGUGAGGCCAGAGGCAAUGUCGCUGACCAUCCCUCUACAAGGCUGCGUUUCUAA